ACGUUUGUUUACCUUAAGACAAUUGUUUAAACAAAACAUGACGCUAACUGCAGCAGAGGACAGCGCUGCUGCAGCUGAAUUGCCCAAUCAACUUGUGGACAUAUUUAAGGCACUGGCAAACAACUCCAGCAUAGUCUUUAAGUCACAGCAAAUUGAUGAUCCGGAGCUGCAGCUGGCGGAGAAGCAACAAAUAGCGCACAAUGCUUUUAGCAAGAAUCGUGAAAACUUUUUAAUACGCUUUGGCAGCUUUCUGGACGAGCAACAGUUAAGUGACUUUCAAACACUGGGCAUGCAGCCACCCAUUAAGCCGGAUGAGAAUCUAGAGGAAAUGUGCCUGCUGCUGCUGGAUUACCAGCGUAAGCUACACACGCGCAAGGUGUGUGUGAAGAACAGACGCUAUCGUGCCAUGCAGCAACUGCUGCAAAAGGGCGAAUACUUUAGUGAGCAUGAAAUGAUGCAGCGCGCGCCCGAGCUGUACCAGGAGCUGGUGGGACAAUACCUAAGCGCGCAGGAAAUCAAACAGCGUGACAGCUACGAUGUGCGCAACACAACGUUCUCGGGCAUACUAAUGCAUUCGCUAGAGCAGCAGCAGCGUAAUGAGCUGCUGCAACAGUUGGAGAGCAGUGAGAACAUCAGAGAGGAACCAGCAGAGUAUGCAGUGCCGCCAUCAUGUAAGACUCAGUGGGGCGGUUUUGACGAUGAUGAACCUGUAGCUUGCUCUACAAGUCGUAAUACAGCCAAGCUGCCUACGCUGAGCACACCGCAGUUUUAUACAGCGGGCGAGCGCGAACUAAUGCGCAAUGAAUUCAUGGGCAUUAUGAAGGAGCGUUUUCUCACUGGUCAGGAUGAAGAUUUUGACUAUGCGGCUGUGGACAACAAUGCACAGCUUGAUGAUUUGCAGCAAAUCGAACAGGAUGCGCAGGAUGCGUAUUUCGAUGAAGACGAGGCCUCCAAUAUUCCCGCUGCAAGUGCGCCACGUGAUGUGAGCGAUGAAGAAAGCGAGGACGAGCUGGAGCGCUACAUGCGCCAUUUAAAUAAUCAUCAUAGUCUACGAAGCUAGUAUAAGUUUAUGCUUUAAUUUAUAAAAUUAAUUUCACAAAAUUGUGCAAAUAUGGAGCUUUAAGUGAAA